AUGUGUCGCCGCGACCCUGCCGGCUUGGACGUGCGUCAUGCUGCUCUCAACACUGCCGUCGGGCAGGAGCACCCCGGUAUUAUGGUCGAGCUGAUUGCCGAAUUGGACAGCGAUUGGCAGGAGCUUUUAUCUCUCUGGGCCGUGGAGGAGGAGAGGCUGCUUUUUGACAGAUACCUUCUGUAA